AUGUCACAAACAAUUGGCAUGACCCGACUAGCCUACUCGCGAGUAUGGCAUCACGUAUCCGCUAAAGCCCCUCACCCCAUCUUGACGACCAAGAAAGUCGCCGUGGCCGCCGCCGCAUCGGCAGCGACCACCAGCACCACAACACCAGCCACAUCGACCACGAAACCAAGCCCGUCUCCUCCCGCGACCGCGACCGCCCCGGCCGACGAGGACAUCACGCCGCCGUCGCUCGGCCGGCUCGCAUCGCGCAUCGCCGUGCUGCUCAUGGGCAAGCACAAGCCCACGUUCGACCCGUCGACCGACUGCGGCGACUACGUGGUGGUGACGGACUGCGCGGCGCUGCACACGACGGGCCGCAAGAAGUGGCGCAAGACGUACUACCGGCACAACACGCGGCCCGGCAGCCUGCGCGCGGUCACCAUGGACGCGCUGAUGGAGGCGCACGGCGGCGCCGAGGUGCUGCGCAAGGCGGUCAGCGGCAUGCUGCCAAAGAACAGGCUGCGCGACGGCCGCCUGGCGCGCCUCAAGGCGUUCGAGGGCCCCGCGCACCCGUACCGCGACAACCUGGUGCGCUUCGGCGGCGUGCCCGUCGGGGAGAAGGGCUGGGAGCGGGGAGUGGAGCGCGUGCGCAAGGCGGACCAGGAGAGGUUAUGA